AUGCCGCCCUUCUCCUUCCCCGUCUCUUGUGGGUCCUUCACACUGAGAGAAGAGGAAGCGAGGGGGAUCUGCGCUGUCCUUUUUGAAGACAUCGCUGAAUCUUCAUCAGACCCUUGGCCUUGUUCCCUGCCAGGCCCAUAUGAUAUCAGACGGCGUUGCCAAGGGAGGACCUCUGGCUGGCUGAGGGCGUCAUUAGCUGCUGGUCUCUCCCACUACCCAUUCUCUCCCACUGCCCAUUCUCUCCCACUACCCGUGCUCUCCCACUGCCCAUUCUCUCCCACUACCCGUGCUCUCCCACUACCCAUUGUCUCCCACUACCCGUUCUCUCCCACUACCCUUGCUUUCCCACUACCCCUGUUCUCCUACUACCCAUUCUCUCCCACUACCAUUCUCUCCCACUACCCAUUCUCUCCACUACCUGUGCUCUCCCACUACCCAUUCUCUCCCACUACCCGUGCUCUCCCAUUACCCAUUCUCUCCCACUACCUGUGCUCUCCUACUAUCCGCGCUCUCCCAUCACCCAUUCUCUCCCACUACCCGUGCUCUCCCACUACCCGUGCUCUCCCACUAACCCGUGCUCUCCCACUGCCCAUUCUCUCCCACUACCCAUUCUCCUCCCACUACCCGUGCUCUCCACUACCGUGCUCUCCCACUACCGUGCUCUCCCACUACCAUGCUCUCCCACUACCCAUUCUCUCCCACUACCCGUGCUCUCCCACUGCCCAUUCUCUCCCACUACCCGUGCUCUCCCACUACCCGUGCUCUCCCACUACCCAUUCUCUCCCACUACCCGUGCUCUCCCACUACCCAUUCUCUCCCAUUACCCAUUCUCUCCCACUACCUGUGCUCUCCCACUACCCGUGCUCUCCCACUACCCGUGCUCUCCCACUACCCGUGCUCUCCUACUACCCAUUCUCUCCCAUUACCCAUUCUCUCCCACUACCUGUGCUCUCCCACUACCCGUGCUCUCCCACUGCCCAUUCUCUCCCACUACCCAUUCUCUCCCACUACCCGUGCUCUCCCACUACCCGUGCUCUCCCACUACCCGUGCUCUCCCACUACCCGUGA